GCCUCUGCCGCCGCCGGCAUGGUGGACAGCAUCUACCGGACGCGCUCGCUGGGCGUGGCGGCCGAGGGGCUGCCGGACCAGUACGCGGACGGCAAAGCGGCGCGCGUCUGGCAGCUCUACAUCGGCGACACGCGGAGCCGCACCGCCGAGUACAAGAGCUGGCUGGUGGCGCUGCUGCGGGCUCAGCGCUGCCGCACGGUGCUCGACGUGGCCUGCGGGACCGGGGUGGACUCCAUCAUGCUGGUUGAGGAAGGGUUCACUGUCACCAGCGUGGAUGCCAGCGACAAGAUGCUGAAAUAUGCUCUGAAGGAGCGGUGGAAUCGUCGGAAAGAGGAACCUUUUGACAACUGGGUCAUUGAGGAGGCCAACUGGCUCACCCUGGCACAAGAUCUGCAGAAGCCUGGCGAUGGUUUUGAUGCCGUCAUCUGCCUUGGGAAUUCCUUUGCACAUCUCCCAGAUUUCAAAGGUGACCAAAGUGCUCAUAAACAGGCUCUUAAGAAUAUUGCCAGUAUGGUGCGUCCCGGCGGCAUCCUCGUGAUUGAUCACCGUAACUAUGACUACAUCCUGGAAACAGGCUGUGCCCCACCAGGGAAGAACAUCUACUACAAGAGUGACUUAACUAAGAACAUCGCCACAUCUGUACUCCUCGUGAAUAACAAACCGAGUAUGGUGACAUUGGACUAUACAGUGCAGGUGCCUCCCGAAGGGAAUGACGGGAGCCCAGAAUUGAGUCAGUUCCGUCUUUCAUACUACCCUCACCGCUUGGAACCUUUCACGGAACUUCUGAAAAAUGCUCUACAAGGCCAGUGUGAACACAGCGUCCUGGGGGACUUCAGACCUUACAAGCCAGGCCAGGAAUACACGCCAUGCUACUUCAUUCACGUGGUGAAGAAAACUGGAUGAGAAUUGCUGUAGAG